AUGUAUAACGAUUGCAAUCAACGGCGAGUGCCGAGCGCGGCACGGUCGUAUGGCGACGGGCCUCCGUCGCCCCGCGCCCGCGGUGACGUCACACCCCGCAUUCUCCCAGGUCCGAGCUUGCGCGAAGCGAAACGAUACCAACCGAGCGACGCCCCGAGCCAACCAGAAUUACAUGAUUUCUAUUUUCUAGUACUCGUCCGACUUUUAGUGUGCGAAGUCGUCACCGCAAAGACUUGCGCGAUAUAG